AUGGGCUGCUGUGGUUGUGGAAGUUGCGGCGGCGGCUGCGGCGGGGGCUGCGGCGGCGGCUGCGGCGGCGGCUGCGGCGGGGGCUGCAACAGCUGCAGAUGCUACCGGGUGGGCUGCUGCACCAGCUGCUGCCCCUGCUGCUACGGCUGCUGCGGGGGCUGCUGCAGCGUCCCCGUGGUCUGCUGCCACCGCCGCACCUGCAGCUGCAACUCGUGUGGGAAGGGCUGCUGCCAGCAGAAGUGCAGCUGCCACAAGCAGUGCUGCCACUAGGUGACCGCCCGGCUCCACCCAGGAGCUGCGGAGGACACGCCCUCUCCUGCUGGUAAGGCUACUUCAUCCUCUUCCGUCCGUCUCUUUCCUCUAAAACCUUCAUCACCAGCUUUUCUUCUCCUUCGUGUGCCCCGUGCCUCAUCCUUCUGAGAUCUUCCUUUGCCCACAAACCACACAUCACAGCAGGAAACAUACUGCAAAGAAUUGAUGACAAGACAGCUGGGCGAAGCCCAAGUUUGCAAAGAACCCUCAUUUACAAAUAAACGCUAGGAUAUUUGAUUGUGUUGUUUAAUCUUUCAACCCUUUCAGGCCCAAAUUUGGGUCAUUUUGGUGUUUCCUGCCUGUGUGGAUUCUUUUCCG